AUGGCGCCCGGUGGCUGGCGCUGGAUGCGCGGCUUAUUGGCGGUGGGGAAGCCCCUGUUCCAGGGCCGGGCGCUGCUCCUCACUAACACACUGGGCUGCGGCGCGUUAAUGGCUGCCGGGGACGGCGCGCGCCAGUCCUGGGAGGUCCGCGCUAGGCCAGGCCAGAGGUUCGACCCACGGCGCUCUGCGAGCAUGUUUGCCAUGGGCUGCAGCAUGGGGCCCUUCCUGCACUACUGGUACCUCUGGCUUGACCACCUGCUCCCUGCCUCUGGCCUCCGCAGCCUCCCAACCAUCCUCAGGAAGGUCCUGGUAGACCAGCUGGUGGCCUCACCCAUGCUAGGUGUCUGGUACUUCUUAGGACUAGGCUGGCUGGAAGGCCAGACGCUGGAUGAGAGCUGCCAGGAACUUCGAGACAAGUUCUGGGAAUUCUACAAGGCUGACUGGUGCGUUUGGCCCCCUGCGCAGCUGGUGAACUUCCUCUUCGUGCCCUCCCAUUUCCGGGUCACCUACAUCAACGGUGUGACCCUAGGCUGGGACACGUACCUCUCCUACCUGAAGUACCGGGUGAGCAUGAUGGUGAACACCUGCAGCAGCCCCCUUGGGGAAGAGGAGGUGGAGGUGGGUUGCUGGGCACUGACCCCCGUGGUCCGCACUGAGACCCUCAUGGUGAUCUCCACCACGUCCGAGCCGGGGGCUAGUGAGGCUGCACCGCCCCCACCACCAAUCAGCUUGUCCUGGGGUGUCAUCAGGCCCUUCGUCACAGCUGACAACUGUUAA